AUGGCACAGGCAGGUCAUGGGUCUGUGGCUCCCUGUGACCUUUACCCUCCUUGCCAAGGGAAAACCCCUCUACUGACCCCACAGUUCCCAUCCCAUGACCAGGGCCAGCUUGCCAAGGAGCUACAGCAGCACAUAAAGUCAGUGACAACCCCAUGCAACUACCUGAGGAAGGUGAGUGAGCACAGACAGAUGGGGCCUGGUGCCCUUGUGCAGUUUCUGGCUCUUGGCUGCCCUACGUCUAUAGGGUGGCCAUGCUGGGGGAAGCUUAGGCAGUCACAAUACUGGCCUUUCCCUUUUUUUUCCCUUCCGUCUGAGUGGAUUAGGGAUGGGGUGAAGAAAGAACAGCUUCUUUCCCUCAGAUUUCUCACCUUAUCCUCUCCCCACCCUAACCAAAGGCUCAGGUCCACUUGUAGGCACACAAAGAAAAGGGUUUUAUUAUUUCCAGGAAUUAAAAUGGACUUGGAAGACCUCUUCAUGGAGAUCUAUGGAAGCCAAAGUGUGAGCUAUAGUACAAAAGGUGACGAUGAAGGUAGACAGUCAUUAUGAAACCUAAAGCCAAAGAAAGACUGUUGAGGAAGAGUAAGAUGUUCAUUGACACAAAUACUGUUGUAUGAACCAUGUGCCAACCAAAGUAGACAACUGCAAUGUCCUUGAGAAUAUUUUCUGCAACAUUUGUGGCAAAUUCAGUGGGUACAAAAUUGAGUUUGUCCUUCUUGCUUGAUUAGUGUAAUCUGUGUAUUUCUUUUCCCUUCUUACAUACUUGUUUGUAAUUUAUUUUAGGGGCAGGAAGUAGUACUGGUACUGGCAUUGUUAAAUUCAAUACUUGGGUCACUUCUGGAUUUAUUUUCACAGUCUUUUAGGUUUUGGUCAUAUUACAUUGUAUUUGACCAAUACAAUGUAUUUAUUUUAAGACUGCCAUACGACUAGUCUUAAAAUUAAAAGUGAGACACUGGUUUAAAAAUAUUUAGCAAUGAAUUGAGGCCUAAUAGCAUGUUGUCUUGCCACAGAAAAGUUGGGAGUCUACUUCUGGGUAUGAUCAGGGGUCCUAGCACGCUUGGAUGCCCUUUAUUCAUUCAGCAGUUGAGGUCAUUAGUACAGGUUCAGUCCCAACAAAGGGCAGGGUAUUUCCUGUCCACUGCUAUUCCUGGAGUAUGACUCUUCUGGGUCCCCACCAAAGCCAGUGGACUUUAGUAGGUAUCACCUUCAUUGGCAAACCCUCAGUCCACUUGUCUUCCAUUGAACCCCAUGCAUGUGUGCAAAAGCUGCUCUGCUUUUUUUGCAGCUCUGUAGUCCCUUCUGGUAGUCAGUGAUGAAACUCAGGGAAAUUGGCCUCAGAUGUGAGACUGAUAGUUGUUCUGGGUUUCCUUCUUCUGCAUCUUGGCUUCAUGUCUCUUUAUUGCCAUGUUAGCAAUUCAGUGCAUUCAAUCAUGGAUUUUAUAUUCUGUCUGAUGUCCCUCAUUGUUCUCAUAGGGCAUCAGAAGCUUCAGAUGCACUUGUAUUUACUCAAGAGCAGAAUGCUUCCUUAGCUUCCCUCCAGAUUUAGGUUUUGUGUUUCUAAGUUCCUAAGUGCACAGCAGGAGUAGUGAUGUCCUCAUUGGCUUCUUAUUUGCAUUAAACUGUGAGCUCCUUUAGGGUGGAGAUGGGACCUUGCUCAUAUUGCAUCCUCAGCACCUUACAACACACUCCUUGCUCCAGGUCACUCCAGACAGCAUGUGCUGGAGGAUGGCCUAGAUGGUCAGAAACGAGUGCAUUCACUUUCUCUUUGAAGUGUUUUUGUCCUUGUUUCCUAGAGUUUGUGACAUUUUACAUGUCUGUCAUAUAAAAUCAAGUAUCAAGUGAGAUCCUUAAAUCCAUAAAUCAAGUAGUGUGAGGGCAACAC